AUGGAUUAUAAAGUCCCCACGCAUGCAGAAAUCGAUGAUUAUUUCUCUACUAACCCAGUGUCGGAAUGGCACCUUCUUAAUGUAUAUAUGAAUACCAAAUUAGAGUCCAGCCCACUUUUGACCGCAUCAGAAUUAUUUAGGUCCUUUUGUAGAUCACUGACUUUCAUCGAGAAAAACGAGAAUUACAGUUACCCCAAAUACGUAACUGAAUAUGCAAAAAAGCUAAGGAUGGCUAUGAAGACCAUGCGAGAUCAAGUAUCUAAGUCGAAAGCAUUGGACGAAAUAACCAAUGCGAUUAUUGGAAACGUAAAAGAGACGGUAAUGAACGAUGAUGAAAUUGGGAUUUCUAAAAAUGGCAAGAUUGAUCCAAUG